GCUUCAGUCUAGGAGGAAUGGACAAGAUCCUGACAGCAUCGUGUUUACUCCUAGGCCUUCACCUAGCUGGGGUGAGUGGCCAGCAGAAGGAGAAACGUGACCAGCAGCAGGUGAGACAAAGUCCCCAGUCUCUGACAGUCUGGGAAGGAGAGACUGCAAUUCUGAACUGCAGUUAUGAGAACAGUAAUUUUGACUACUUCCCAUGGUACCAGCAGUUCCCUGGGGAAGGCCCUGUAUUCCUGAUAGCCAUACGUUCAGUGUCCAAUAAAAAGGAAGAUGGACGAUUCACAAUCUUCUUCAGUAAAAGGGAGAAAAAGCUCUCCUUACACAUCGCAGACUCUCAGCCUGGAGACUCAGCCACCUACUUCUGUGCAGCAAGUGCACAGAGGGCAGGCAAUACCGGGAAACUCAUCUUUGGACUGGGGACAACUUUACAAGUGCAACCAGACAUCCAGAACCCAGAACCUGCUGUGUACCAGUUAAAAGACCCUCGGUCUCGGGACAGUACCCUCUGCCUGUUCACCGACUUUGAUUCCCAAAUCAAUGUGCCGAAAACCAUGGAAUCUGGAACGUUCAUCACUGACAAAACUGUGCUGGACAUGAAAGCUAUGGAUUCCAAGAGCAAUGGGGCCAUUGCCUGGAGCAACCAGACAAGCUUCACCUGCCAAGAUGCCUUCAAAGAGACCAAUGCCACCUACCCCAGUUCAGACGUUCCCUGUGAUGCCACGUUGACGGAGAAAAGCUUUGAAACAGAUAUGAACCUAAACUUUCAAAACCUGUCCGUUAUGGGACUCCGAAUCCUCCUGCUGAAAGUAGCUGGAUUUAACCUGCUCAUGACGCUGAGGCUGUGGUCCAGUUGAGGUCUGCAAGAUUGACAGAGCCUGACUCCCAAGCUCCAUCCUCCUCACCCCUCCGCUCCCUCUUCAAGCCAAAAGGAGCCCUCCCACCUCAUCAAGAAGGCUGUCUGGGGUCUGGUUGGCCCUGAUUCACAAUCCCAACUGGAUCUCCCAGAUUUGUGAGGAAGGGUGCUGGAGAGCUAAGCGAUGCUGCAGCACCCACUCAGCUCCCUCACUGCUGCUGACCAUUCACAAAAAACGGCAGGGGCGGAGCUUCUCCUGGAUCUGAAGACCCCUCCCCCAUGGCAGACUCCCCUGUAAAAUCUCUUUGGAAAAUGUUGUAAAAAAUAUGUUUUUUUUUGCGGGUUUAUUUUUUUAAGCAUCCAUAAAGAAAUGCAUAUUAACUCUUUCAUCAAGGUGUAGAAAUUAUCUCAUUGUCUAGACCCUCCUGCUACUGUGUGUACUGAGCCACAUUGUAUAUUAUUCUGCUGCCCAUGACAUCAUUA